UGGUAUUUUAAAAUGUUUGUGUUUAAAUCUAUUACAGGAUUAUCUUGAUGUUACCACUAGGGUUCGCCAAAGUCGUUUUACUUUCACUUUAAAAUGCAGGAAGCUACCAGUCUGUUACCAGUCAUGUUGUACAGCAAUAGCCGAAAACGGAAGUUUGACUCAUAACUAAAGCCCUCAAGGAGAGAAACCGGAAUCUGUAGGAUCAACAGGAGAGGAGAAGUCUGGCUCGAGACACUUGGGAGAACAUCUUUCCCUCAUCUGGCCUUGCAUAGUGUCUCACUUCCUCCUCAAGCUCAAGAUGAUGAAGACGUUUGGAUUACUACAUGAAUCCGCAGGCGUAUGUAUGUUGCUGAGAAAGCUAAGAGUGAAACUAUAAAGAAGUUGUAAGGCUUUAAUGCAGCCCAAUCAUUCUGUCAGUCAGUCAGUCAGUCAGUGACCAGGGUGACAGGAUGGAACUCAGUCAACUCUUUGCGGUUCUCUUGCUGAUUUCAAUUAUACCAGUGGCCCAGGCACAAGGGAGUCCUAAAGCCGUGUUGACCAUAAUUCCUGAUUCACAAGUAAUAAAUGGAGAGCGUGUUGUUCUCAAAUGUGAAGUUCAGGGAAUAAGAGGUGGUCAGUGGACAUACAGCUGGUAUAAAUAUAAUAACAGACUCUCAGAGGAAGAGGAUGGUGACUACACAUUCAGACAAAUAAUGGGGAUAAUAAUAAUCCGGUUUGUUAGUGAGUCUGACAGUGGUGACUACACCUGCAGAGGACAGAGACGUGACUCUCUGGUCUCGGAGAUCAGUGAUGCUGUUACACUGACGGUAUCAGCAGUUUCCAAACCGACUGUGAGAGUGAGUCCUCAGCGCUUCGUCUACACAGGAGACACCAUCACUCUGAGCUGUAAGCUGCAGGAGACACCUGCAUGGGGGGUUUUCUGGUACAAAAAUGACCAGGACUUUCAGCUUCACAAUACAAAAAAUACAAAAACAUUUAAUGUGACAGUCGAUACUGAAGGAGAAACAAUGUACCAGUGUCGAGCACACAGGAGAAACACACAAUUCAACACAGAUCACAGUGAUCCUGUCGAGAUUAUAGUGAGAGAAAGACCCAAACCUAUGGUAUCAAUUAAUCCUGAUAAACAUGUGUACAAUGGAGACAAUGUCACUCUGAGAUGUGAGAUACAGGAUGAAAGUGUAUCUAGGUGGCAGUACAGCUGGUAUAAAGAUGCUUCACUAAGUCCUGUCAGUAGUGAACAGAUGUACAGAAUCAGUGGUGUUGAACUGACCCAUAUCGGUAACUACACGUGUAUAGGAAGAGAGAGUGGAGGCUCACGUUCCUCACACCUCAGUGAUGCUGUUACACUGACUGUAUCAGAAAGACCCAAACCAGUGUCAUCUAUAAAUCCUGAUAAACAAGUAUUCAGUGGAGACACUGUCACUCUGAGAUGUGAGAUACAGGAUGAAAGUGUAUCUAGGUGGCAGUACAGCUGGUAUAAAGAUGCUUCACUCAGUCCUGUCAGUAGUGUACAGAUGUAUUCAAUCAGUGGUGUUGAAGUGACACACACAGGUAAAUACACCUGUAAAGGAAGAGAGAGUGGAGGCUCACGUUCCUCACACCUCAGUGAUGCUGUUACACUGACUGUAUCAGAGAGACCAAAGGCAGUACUGAGUGUAUCCCCACAGAACUGGUUAAAUGAUGGAGACUCAGUGACUCUAAGCUGUGAGGUUACAGACUCCUCUACAGACUGGACAUUCAGCUGGUACAGAGAAGUUCCAUACAAAGACGGUGUAACUGCAAUAAAAAAUACUAAUGGCUAUAUCAUGUAUGUGGAGCUUCUCUCAGACAGCAGCAGAGGAUCUGGAGGCAACUACACUCUCAGUCCUUCUGCUCUUCAUCACACAGGAGUUUAUGUGUGUAGAGGAGAGAGAGGAGAACCAGCCUUUUACACUCAGUACAGCAAUCCACAGCUUCUAAGGAUUACUGAAAGACUCAAACCAGUGGCAUCUAUAAAUCCUGAUAAACAGGUGUUCAGUGGAGACACUGUCACUCUGAGAUGUGAGAUACAGGAUGAAAGUGUAUCUAGGUGGCAGUACAGCUGGUAUAAAGAUGCUUCACUCAGUCCUGUCAGUAGUGUACAGAUGUACACAAUCAGUAGUGUUGAAGUGACCCAUAUAGGCAAUUACACCUGUAUAGGACAGGAGUAUGAAGGCUCACGUUCCUCACAACUCAGUGAUGCUGUUACACUGACUGUAUCAGUGAGACCCAAACCAGUUGCAUCUAUAAAUCCUGAUAAACAGGUGUUCAGUGGAGACACUGUCACUCUGAGAUGUGAGAUACAGGAUGAAAGUGUAUCUAGGUGGCAGUACAGCUGGUAUAAAGAUGCUUCACUCAGUCCUGUCAGUAGUGUACAGAUGUACACAAUCAGUAGUGUUGAAGUGACACACACAGGUAAAUACACCUGUAAAGGAAGAGAGAGUGGAGGCUCACGUUCCUCACACCUCAGUGAUGCUGUUACACUGACUGUAUCAGAGAGACCACAGGCAGUACUGAGUGUAUCUCCACAGAACUGGCUGACUGAAGGAGACUCAGUGACUCUAAGCUGUGAGGUUACAGACUCCUCUACAGACUGGACUUUCAGCUGGUACAGAGAAGUUCCCUACAAAGACAGUAACAGUUAUGCCUUGUAUAAAUUGAUACUCCUCUCAGACAGCAGCAGAGGAUCUGGAGGCUCCUACACUCUCAGUCCUUCUGCUCUCAAUCACUCAGGAGUUUAUCUGUGUAGAGGAGAGAGAGGAGAACCAGCCAUUUACACACAUUACAGCAAUACACAGCCUCUAUGGAUCUCUGGUGAAUCUCCUCCAGUCUCAGUGAUCCUCACUCCCAGAAAAACUCAAAGAUUUACUGAUGAUUCUCUCUCACUGAGCUGUGAGGACCAGAGUAACUCUACUGGAUGGGCAGUGAGACGAUACACAGACAGUAAGAAAGUCUUAGAUUGUUCACAAUGGGGAUCAGUUUCGAAUUCAACAUGUAACAUCAGCUUCCUCUCUCCAACUGACAAUGGAGUUUACUGGUGUGAGUCUGAAUCUGGAGAAAACAGUAAUCCUGUCAACAUCACAGUGCAUGACUCAGGUUCUAGAUCCAGGCAUAGGCAUGUGGGAAUGGCUGCAAUUUUUGGAUUUUUGCUCAUCGCUUUACUGAUACCAAUGAUUUGGCUCUUGUCCUACAAAAGAGACAAAGAAAUGCAGCAGAAAUACAAACAGACGUCAAAGCAGAAUCAGAGCCGGUCAGGAGCUGAAGACUUUCAGUCAGGACUUGCACCACUUCAGGCUGUCACAAAGGCAGUUAAUCUUCAUUGUUCUGUAGAAAAGGAACACAAGUAUGCUCCUGUGGAUCAGACUGAUUUAAAUGGAACAGAUAAGGCCAGUCUGGAAGACAUUACUACUAGCUUGUAAGAGCUGAAGCAAAACAUGGAGGGAGCCACGUGUCUGUGUACCAGCUAACAAAAUAGAGAAGUACAAUUUUAUAAACCGUUGACAUGAAGAAAUUUAUUUAUACUGUCUGUUUAUUUAUAUAAUUUUCAAUCGCUUUUCUUUUUAUACUUAUUCAAAUACUUGCUUGUGUGAUUGUGCAAGUCAUCAUGUGUAUUUAUAUUCUGUUUUGAACACAGCAUGAGUGCGCACUACUGUGCAGAAAAUGUUUCUAAUGUUUUUCAUCAUUUUGGGGCCAUGGUUUGUUUUAUGUUAAUGCAGUGGUGCAAAUUCUGCUGUGACGAGCUGCAGGAGGUGAAAACCUGCAAAAGUAUAAUUAAUGUUAUAGUCCAUAAUUGUAUAAUCAUGAGAGGAGACAUGUUUUGUUUCUUCCUUUUUUAAAUCAGUGUGUUCAACAUGAAUGAAGUAAUAAGUGAGCUUUUAACUGUAAAAUUUGAUGGACAAAAGUUCAAAUCAAAAUUCAAUUUGUCAGCGAAUGUCGUAUUCGUGAAUUAUCAGAAUUUGGGGUUCUUUUGAGGAUUCUGCUCUUCUUUUUGUUUUAUGUUCAUGUCUUUCUUUUGUUUCCCCAAUAGAUGUCUCUAUUGUGUUACUUUGCCUUGCACUAAAUACACCUUGUCUCCAUCUGUUUUGAAGUGUUUUUCUGUACUUUGGACUCAUUUGAUUAUGAUUAUGUCUUACUCCAUUUUUGUUAUUGAACUUUUUAAUAAAGCAAAUCAUGGAACUUUUAA